AUGCACAAUGCCAGAUCAGUUGAAAUGCAGAAGUCGGUGAUUGCAGUGUUUUGUGGGAUCGCCUUUUUCGUUUGUGCCACAGCCAAUGCCAUCGGCUGGAGUCUGCGGCCAAAUUGGUGGCAAGCAACAGUCGAUAGUAGUAAUGAGAACUUCCCCAGGCUAACGAAUACUGUGCAGGCGACUUGGCGAAUACGUGAGAGAUUUCUAUUGAAUCUAUUGCUGCAGGUUCAGAAACCAUUGCUCCACGCACAACUCAUUGAAUGGGGCCGCCACUUAAAUGCAGAUCCAAGUAAUUAUUUAGAGGACAGCUGGCCACUGCUAGCUGAUUUUAUGAGGCGCGUCCCUGAAGGACGCAUACUUGCUCCUUACAGCGUCUACAGUCAAGUGGCAGUCGAGUUGCCGCAACAGCUGCUGGGAGUGUAUCGUUUCCUGGCAUUGGCCAAGAAUUGGAAGACAUUUCAGCGAAACGCCUGCUACGCUCGCAUCCAUUUCAAUGCCGUCCUUUUUGUCAACGCACUGCAAUUGGCUUUGCAGGCGCGUGAGGAUACAAGGGAUCUAGUCAUGCCCGCCAUGCAUGAGUUGGUUCCGGAAUUGUUUUACGAACGAGAGGUUAUUAUCGCAGCUCAGAGAGUUGCUUGGCAGCAACUGGCACCGCCUUCAACUCAAAGUACCAAACGUCGAUGGCAGUUGGUUUUGGAACGCAUUAUAAAGCCAAAGAAUUCUUGGAUCAGGCAACCAAAUAGCGGGGUUGAAUUGAUUCCUGGCCUUGAAGUUGCCAUUCCCGUGGAGCAGACACUGCAUUUCGGCUCGGAUGUGGCCUUAAAUGCUUAUUGGAAUUAUAUAAGUAAUAGACAACUGUUGCUGAAGGCUGAGAGAGAAGAAACGGAGCCAACCGAAGACUCCGAUAACGAUGUGGAAAACGAUGGUGAGGGUCCCCAGUGGAGCAUUGAUAGAAAUCAGCGUCGAUUUAGAAUUAUAGAUGGCGAUCGUAUGAUGGCAUUCCGAAGCACCAUGGAUGAGCACAGAUUUCGAGAGCAAUUGGAGGGUCAGAGUGACGUUGAAAAUUGUAGAAAGAAUUUCGUAUUUCUAGAACAACUGCAACAGCUGGUGGCGCGUCUAUCAAUAGAACAAUUAGCAUUAGCUGGCAUACAAAGUGUUCUCAGGGAGCCACAGCUACUGACGACGGGUGGCGUGCCUUAUAAAACCACAAAAGUUGAUAUCAGCACUAUGAAUGAGAUGGUGAGCCAAGCGAUAGCGGAGCUACAAACGCAAAUCCAUGCUGGAUUGCAAAAACGUCAGCUGCUGGCUCACACACCCGAAGCGGCUUGCAUCAUUGCCGAAAGCUAUUGGUCGCUCUAUAAGAAAAUAAAUUCUGUUCUGAAUGGUGAGCAAUCGGAGCACGCCACAUUAAUGGGCCUGGCAACAAGCAAUUGGCGUGAUCCGAUUUAUCGUGCCAUGGCAGUGCAGCUGAUCGAGCUACUAAAGCGUACUAAAAAGGAAGAAGGAUGGGAUCUCAGAUUUGCUAGCCAGCAGUUGACACUGAAAAGUAUUCAAAUCACCGAACUGCAAACCUAUGAGGAGUGGAUGGGCACCGAUCUGAUUAAUCUAAUGGAUCAACAGCUGUUGUCAACGCGCAGCAAUAAUUUGCAAUUGCUCCAAAGGCGUUUGGUGGCGCGUCAGCAUCGUUUGAAUCAUCGUCCUUUUAACAUCAGCUAUGAGUUAAAUGCCUUGCAGCCACAUGUGGUCCUGGUGCGAAGCUAUUUGAGAUCGCCAGAGGCUCCAGCGCAAGACGCAAUUUUGCUGGACGCCUUUACGCAGCCGCUCCAGUUGGGUACGAAUAUCAUUGAGCGUAGCUCGGAGGAUAUUAAGUGGACCAGCCAUGAUGCGCCCACCUUGCGUGAACUGUACGAGCUCAAGAGUUCAGGGUCCAUUAAGUUCUCUCCGGGUGCCUGGCCGCAUCGUUUGCUACUACCACGAGGCACAAAAGAUGGCCUGCAGCUCCAACUAAUUGUAUUAGUUACGCCAUGGAAUGCCUCAAAUGAAGACCCGGAAUUUGAUGUAUAUCGUGUGUUAGGCUCGUCUAUUUAUCACGCUGCUAAUGGCAGUAGUGCUUACGCUUUUAAAAAUGUUCUAAUAACUCAUCAAUCGAAUAACUAA